AUGGAAGAGUCAGUCUUUUACAUAUCCGAGGGGGAUCCCAACGAUAAGCAUUCGCAGGAGUCUUUUGCGCUUUCCACGUCAAUCCACAACUCGCAGCUCUUCGCUUCCUUCAGACAAUGCGAUGCUCCACAGAAAGGGGCCGUUUUGACAGGUUUGGGAGCCGGAGAAAGAUUGUUUACCGCUUCCAGGAAUAAGGCGUUGCUCUUGGUGUAUCUGUGGGGAAAAGAAAGCCCGGACCAAAGAAUACCAGUGCCUGAACAGUUGUCCUGUUUGACUUUGUGUAAGCACCCUAACCAAGGGUUCAGCUCUGCCAAUGGUGGAAGUAGUAACCUCCCAUCUUUCAGGUUGCCCUGGUUGUUAGCUGCUGGUUCCAAAUCUGGGAAGGUGUACAUAUGGGAGUUGUCUUCAGGGAACUUGCUUUGCGUGAAAGAUGCACACUACCAGGCUAUCUCUGUUAUCAAGUUCUCCAGCUGUGGCACCUUUUUGGUGACCGGGGGUGAAGAUUCCAGAGUUGCCAUCUGGAGAACCUUGGAUUUGAUCUCUAUUUAUAACAAGUCAGAGGAAGCCAACAGAUUGGCAUCAGUAAGACCAUAUGCUACCUUCACAGAUCAUUCCUUAGCAGUAUCCGAUUUGGUGAUAUCCGAAACAGGAAUCUUACCAGAUAUCAGACUCUACACGGUGUCUAGGGACUCCACUUUAAGAAUUUAUGAUAUAAUGACUAAGCUGUUGCUCACCACGUUCGUUUUGCCCAUAUCAAUUGAAUCGAUAACGAAAGACCCCGCUAAUAGAGCAUGCUACCUUGGAUUGUCCAAUGGGUUGAUAAGAGUAGUUCCGCUCUACCAGGUGAACCCCAACACUUCCGUGUUGGAGAGUAUUGGGGGUUGUGAGAAGAUUAUCACCCUCGACCAUGAUCCUAAUUUGGUCAACACAUUCGUCCAUCACCAGCAGCUGAUCAGCACGAACCACGCGAGCAUAUCCGUUACCAACUUGGCUGUUUCUAUGGAUGGUACCAACCUUGUUUCGGGAGAUUCAGUUGGGAGAGUGUUUGUUUCAGACAUUGCAACCAAGCAAGUGGUGCAGACUCUUAAGGAAUGCAAUUCACCUAUCUCGUACAUACAGGUUGACACUUGCCCUGUUGAAUUAGUCGACUCAUCCACAGCAGGUUUGACAAAGGUUGACAAGCAUCACCGUUUAAUCCCUCCUUUCAAGAGAGUCUUAGCGAGCUCCGACCCAAUUGAGCACAAUUUAUACAUGGAGAUCCCAUCUGCCAUGGAGCAAGAUGGAAGCUCAUUUGAAGAUUGGUUGUUGCAGAAGUCUAACCAAGAGUUAGAAUAUAAGAAUAACGUUGAAAAGGUCAACUCUACUGUUAAGGUGAUCGGCGAUAGCAAAGAUGCCGACAGGGUAAAAGAAUUGGAAGAAAAGCUUGCAAAGGUUUCUAAGGCAUAUACUGACUUGAGAAGCAAGCACGAAGAGUUGUAUCAAGAGCACCAGAAGAUGUUGUAG